AUGAUCAUAUCCGAAAACUUACCGGUAGACUACAAGAAAGUAGCAUUGGAAACUAGAAAAGAUGUGGUACUUUCUAAGGUGUAUAAUUACCUAUCGGUAGGUUGGCCAAGCAAGGUGGAGGAGCAAACAUUAACACCAUAUUUUAGAAAAAGAUUAGAAUUAACUCUGGAGCAGGGAUGCGUCAUGUGGGGAUACAGAAUAAUAAUACCUACAAAAUUUAGACAACAAUUGCUGGACGAAUUACAUAGUAGUCAUCUGGGGAUAGUCAAAAUGAAAUCCAUUGCCCGAGCAUACUUCUAUUGGCCAAAUCUGGAUAAGGAUAUUGAAGAAACGUGUCGAGCAUGCAUACCUUGCCAGACAAUCGCAAACAAUCCACAAAAAUCAGAGAUCAUGAGUUGGAACAAACCAACAAGACCGUGGCAACGUAUUCACGUGGACUUUUUGGGUCCUAUUAAAGGAAACACCUUCCUAAUAGUAUUAGAUGCAUUUAGCAAAUACCCAGAGAUCAAGAAGAUGGAAAGAACGACAUCGGAAGAGACAAUUGAAAAAUUCAGGGACAUUUUCAGUACUUGGGGAAUACCGGAAACAAUAGUCUCUGAUAACGGACCACAAUUUGUGUCGACGGAAUUCAAAAACUUCCUCAUAAAAAAUGGGAUAAGGCAGAUUACAUCAGCACCGUAUCACCCAUCUACAAAUGGAGCAGCCGAAAACGCAGUCCGAACGUUCAAGAAAUCAUUAAAGGCAGCACUGUUAACUCACAAACAUAAUAUCACUCCUAGUUUAGUAGUUAGUCGAUAUUUACUUAACUACAGGAACUCUGUGCAUUGCGCCACAAAUGAAACACCAUCGAAACUCAUGAUAGGCAGAAAUGUUAGAACUUUAUUCAACUUACUUCAACCGAGGAGGGAGAAUAAGGAAAAUAAUGGAACGGGUAGACAUGAAACCUUUCAAGAGGGGGAGACAGUUAUGGUUAAGGAUUACAGAGAUAAAAACAAUACUAUCUGGAUCAAAGCAAAAAUUUCUCAAGUGCUAGGGAAGAAAAAUUACCUUUGCAUGUUACUAAACGGUCAGACGUGGCGAAGACAUCUGGAUCAGAUUCGGAAAUUCGGGUUAGAGCUGAACCACGACAUCGAGAAGACCUCGGAAAACCAUACAACUAAAGUACCAAGCCAACGAUUAGAAGAAAAGAGUUCAACCUCCACUCCUCAAACGGAAAUUAUUGACGAUGUUCAGGACGAACAAACAGUUGCAGAUUCUAAUAUAACUCCUUUAGUAAAUGCACAUGUUGAAAAUGUAAUUACAAACAAUUCGGGUAAUUUACCAGAAACUAUAGGUAGUAAUUAUAGCAGAAACAAUUCUGGAACUAUACCAGAAGCAAUAGUUAGUAGGUCAGGUAGGAAAAUUAAGAAACCAGAAAUUUUCAAAGAUUUUGAAUGUACUUAA